AUGGCUGUCUGAUUUGCAAUAAAGGGAUCUGUGAAGUUUGCUAGCAAUGACUAAGCUUUAAUUUUACUUAAUUUAUUUAACAAUAAAGAAUUAACUUAAAUUGAUAAAUUCAUAUUCGAAGAUACUUUCAAAGAACUGGAAAACUUCAUGUUGCUAAAGACUUAGAUAAUAUCUAUUUCACAUUUGGUUCUUAUUUAAAAUUAGAAUUAGAUAGUAAAGGAAACUAAGAGAAUGAAUAUGUUUAAACAGUUUGUAAAAUUUAGCAAUAUUUUGAUUUCAUCAUCUCGGAUAAAUUACUAGCUUUAAUUCAGAAAAAUGAUGAGAGAUUGGGAGUAAUAGUUAAAAAUUAUAAAAAUUUUAUACAAAAAAAUUAAUAUUAUAAUUUCACAAUAGAAUAAAGCCACUUAUAAUUCAUAAAUAAAACAUAUAAUUCUCAAUUUCAAAGAAUAUUUCCAAAAUACAAUUAAAAUUAUUAAAAUUAAAAGGCUUAGUCUAAGGAAAUAAGAUUUAUAGUUGGUAUAACUUGAAUAGAAAAAGAUAAAUGAAUUCAAAAUUUUUUAAUAACUUAGAUAUAUAAUGAGACUAUUAGAAUCAAUAUUGUUAUAAACAAUUUAAGAUAUUAAUGAUUGGAGAAAUGAACCAGAUGAAAGCAUAAUGUUUUAGUAAGAGAUAAAGUUAACAAAGGAGGAAUUAUAAAAUUUAAAUCUAGCAGAUAAAUAAUUUUCUUUUGCCAAUAAGUUUAAGUAAAAGCUACUUGCCUUCCCUAAUGCAACUCUUAACAAAAAUAGUUUUUUGAAAGAAGCUUAAUGCAUGUUAAAACUUAUCGAACAAACUGAAAAAUAAGUCUCAGAAAUAGAAACUUUGUUACUAAAAAAGGAUAACUUAAUUCAAUACUUUUAAAGUUUAUUGAAUAACCUAAAUUUUUAUUAUGAAAAACAGAUCCAAGAACUUCAAAAAUACUUUAAUAGAUUACUUUAAAGUUUUAAGACAAUACUGAUGUUACAAUAUAAAAUAGAGUCUGUUUCUUUACCUGAAAAAUUAAUCGAAAUUAAAUAACAAUAUUGUUAUAAGCUUUCAUAUUAAUUUAUACAAAAAUAAAGAUUGAACAUUUUAUAGCAGAAAUAACAAUUAAUUGCUUUUAAAGAAUGA